AUGGGCAACUUUCUGAUGGGGAACUUGCAAAUAUUGCUCCUAUGCUGGACUUUGGUUGAAGCCCAGGUGGGGCCAGAUGGAGCGCUGACAGCCCAGGAACAGAUGUAUAUCCUCUAUGACAUCAAGGUCCAGUGCCACCAGAACCUCUCCACCCAUGACCCUGCAGGUACUGCAGAUGACCUGUGCCCCCCAGGAUGGGACGGCCUGAUCUGCUGGCCUCAGGGCUUCUCUGGAGCUGUCAGCAAGGUCCCCUGUCCCCUCUAUGUCUAUGACUUCAACCACAAAGGACAUGCCUACAGGAAGUGUGAUGUGAAUGGGUCCUGGGUAUUUGUGGAGAGCUUGAACAGGACAUGGGCCAACUACUCUGAGUGUCUGCGAUUCCUGCAGCCAAGCAGCGAGGAAGAGAAACAGGACUUCUUCGAGCGUCUGUAUGUGAUGUACACUGUGGGCUAUGCUGUGUCCUUCAGCUCUCUACUUGUGGCCAUCUUCAUCAUUGGAUACUUCAGACGUCUUCACUGUACAAGGAAUUACAUCCACAUGCACCUGUUUGUGUCCUUUAUGCUACGAGCGGUGAGCAUCUUUGUAAAAGACAGGGUGGUCCACAAGAGUGCUGGCCUGCAAGAGUUUGACGCUACGCUUAUGGACAACCUCAAAUCAAUCUCCAUGGCACCCCUGGACAACUCUCAGUAUAUUGGGUGUAAGGUAACAGUGUUUUUGUUUAUUUACUUCCUGGCGACCAAUUACUACUGGAUCCUGGUGGAGGGCCUCUACCUCCACAGCCUAAUCUUCAUGGCCUUUCUCUCGGACACCAAGUACCUGUGGGGCUUCACCCUCAUUGGCUGGGGUGUUCCUGCUCUGUUUGUGGCCGCAUGGGCGGUUGUCCGGGCAACGCUGGCAGAUGCACGGUGUUGGGAGUUAAGUGCUGGGAACAUUAAGUGGAUUUACCAGGUCCCCAUUUUGACAGCCAUCGGGUUGAACUUUAUCCUGUUCGUAAACAUUGUGCGAGUGCUGGCUACAAAGAUCAGGGAAACUAACGCAGGCAGAUAUGACACAAGGAAACAAUACAGGAAGCUUGCCAAGUCCACGCUGGUGCUGGUGCUGGUGUUUGGGGUCCACUACAUCGUGUUUGUGGGGAUGCCCCACACUUUUGAAGGCCUGAGCUGGGAAGUCAGAAUGUACUUUGAGCUGUUCUUCAACUCCUUCCAGGGUUUCUUUGUGUCUAUUAUCUACUGCUACUGCAAUGGAGAGGUCCAGACAGAGAUCAAGAAGACCUGGACACGCUGGAACCUGGCGUUUGACUGGAAGGGUCCUGUGGUGUGUGGCAGCUACCGCUAUGGCUCCGUCCUCACCGGCCUCAACAACAACAGCACCAGCAGCCAAUCCCAGCUGGCCGGUGGCGUUCCGCCCACCCGUUCCUCCACCCUCUUCUCCAGCAGGGUGUACCGCAGCAGUGGGCCCACGACGCUGAGCACUCACGCCUCCCUGCCUGGCUACGUUCUCAGCAGCUCGGACCCAGACAGCCUCCACCCCUCCAUCCCAGAGGAGCCAGAAGACUGUGAGGCCAAGCAGGUGGACGACAUCUCCCUGAAGGAGUCCCUCCCCGUCCUCAACAGCAGCACCACAGCAGACGACGAUGAGGAGACGCUUUAGAUACACACACACACGCACACAUAGAAAAGGGAUACACAAGUACACAUUCACGUGUUUACACACACAAAUACAGACAAACAAACACACACAGGCACACACUACAUUCCCUGCCAAUGUAUUUAUUUGCAUUAAGUCAUGAACUGUAUUUCUAUUAUUUUGUCAGACAAACAUCCCCAUCCCAUGAACAUAUUUUUUUUUAUCAAGUCAUAAACUGUCUUUUUGAACAUGUUGACACUCAGACAUUCCUUGCUAUGGGGUGUGAAGGUCAACAAAAAGAGCUACAUUAGCUGACCACAUUGUGUCCGUUGUGUAAGCAUGCAAAAGAUGUAUAAAACUUAAAUCUGUGGAAAUGAAAAGUAUACUCACUGCUCCCAAGUCAAGCUGAGGUUCCCUGAGGUUGCUAUGUAUUGGCUUGUGCUGUUCUGUACGUUUCUCUCACUGCUGUUCUAUGCUGAUAAAAUCCACUGUUCCUGGUACUGGCGGUCUGUAAGUAUUUUGUAAUGACUGUCUGUCUGUCUGGCCUGCCUCUUUGUCUGCCCACACAAUCAUUUUCUCAGGAGCCACACUAAAUAAUGCUACCUUCCCAAUGUUCUUCCUUUUACUCUAUACGUUUCCGUCACACCCAAAAACAAUUAAUUGUCAAUCAGUUUCCGUCGAAACUAUUGCCUGUUUGUUGACGAGAGAUUCAUUCAGUAGACAGCAGUUUAGAGUAAACUUACUGGUUUACUCAGAACUUUGUUUAUGAAUCGAAAUGUUGUCACGAUCCAGGAAGCCAUUUAAUCCUCGACUCACUUCACUUCAUUUCCACGAAGAUGUAUAAAAAGGCAAAUAGCUUAUAUUGUUCAGAUGGGAUUAUGUGUGUACUAGUGUGUGUUUGUGAGUGUUCACAACGGCAUACAUUUUCAUCAUUUUGUGCCUAAGUCCGUAGCUAUCAACGAAAAA